AAUUCAUGCUAGUUCCCGGGCGGAGAAAAUGCUGGUACGUUCGGCCUCACGUGACUUGUGAGGAGGUAGAAGGUUGCGGGCUCUUGCUGUUCCUUUCGUCAGUCUGCGUUAGACACGUGUGUGAGAGCAUCUCCUGCCUGCCGCUGCCUCCUGUACGAAAUGUUGCGUCUACCAAGCAUUCUGCGCCAGGUGAGACCGGUGUCCCGGGCAUUGGCCCCUCAUCUCACCCGCGGAUAUGCCAAAGAUGUCAAAUUUGGGGCUGAUGCCAGAGCUCUUAUGCUGCAAGGUGUUGACCUUCUUGCGGAUGCAGUUGCUGUGACAAUGGGACCAAAGGGCAGGACCGUUAUCAUUGAACAAAGCUGGGGAAGUCCUAAAGUAACUAAAGAUGGCGUCACAGUUGCAAAAGCAAUUGAUCUAAAAGACAAAUACAAAAACAUUGGCGCUAAACUAGUGCAAGAUGUAGCUAACAACACAAAUGAAGAAGCAGGAGAUGGAACCACAACAGCAACUGUUCUUGCAAGAUCAAUUGCAAAGGAGGGCUUUGAAAAGAUCAGCAAAGGAGCAAAUCCAGUAGAAAUAAGAAGGGGUGUAAUGUUGGCAGUGGAUGCAGUAAUUGCUGAGUUAAAGAAACAAUCUAAGCCCGUAACAACACCAGAAGAAAUUGCUCAGGUUGCUACUAUCUCUGCAAAUGGGGACCAAGAAAUUGGCAGAAUUAUUUCUGAUGCAAUGAAAAAAGUUGGUCGUAAAGGAGUAAUAACUGUUAAGGAUGGCAAAACCCUGCAUGAUGAGCUGGAGAUAAUUGAAGGAAUGAAAUUUGACAGGGGAUACAUUUCUCCAUACUUUAUAAACACUGCUAAAGGCCAGAAGUGUGAAUUCCAGGAUGCUUACCUCCUGCUUAGUGAAAAGAAGAUUUCAAGUGUUCAGUCUAUUGUGCCUGCCCUCGAAAUUGCAAAUGCUCACCGUAAACCUUUAGUUAUAAUAGCUGAAGAUGUUGAUGGCGAAGCUUUAAGCACGCUGGUUCUAAAUAGGCUAAAGGUUGGUCUUCAAGUAGUUGCUGUGAAGGCUCCAGGUUUUGGUGACAACCGAAAAAACCAAUUGAAGGAUAUGGCCAUUGCAUCUGGUGGAGCAGUGUUUGGAGAAGAGGGAUUAACUCUGAAUAUUGAAGAUAUUCAGCCUCAUGACUUUGGUAAAGUAGGAGAGGUUAUCGUGACUAAAGAUGACACUAUGUUGUUGAAAGGCAAAGGUGACAAAGCACAGAUUGAAAAGCGUAUUCAAGAAAUUCACGAUCAGUUGGAAACCACAAACAGCGAAUAUGAGAAGGAGAAGUUAAAUGAGAGACUGGCCAAGCUUUCUGAUGGUGUUGCUGUAUUAAAGGUCGGUGGCACAAGUGACGUUGAAGUCAAUGAGAAGAAAGACAGAGUAACAGAUGCUCUAAAUGCAACUCGUGCUGCAGUAGAAGAAGGCAUUGUUGUGGGUGGUGGCUGCGCGUUGCUUCGUUGCAUCCCAGCUUUGGAUGCUCUCACUCCAACUAAUGAAGAUCAGAAAAUUGGAACUGAAAUUAUAAGGAGGUCCUUGAAGAUUCCCGCAAUGACCAUUGCAAAGAAUGCAGGAGUAGAAGGCUCCUUGAUUGUAGAAAAAAUUCUUCAGAGUCCUGUUGAAGUUGGAUAUGAUGCCAUGCUUGGUGAAUUUGUAAAUAUGAUUGAGAAAGGCAUUAUUGACCCUACAAAAGUUGUCAGGACUGCUUUAAUGGAUGCAGCAGGUGUGGCUUCACUCUUGACAACUGCAGAAGCAGUUGUGACAGAAAUUCCAAAAGAAGAGAAGGAUCCUGCAAUGGGUGGUAUGGGAGGUAUGGGUGGCAUGGGAGGUAUGGGAGGAGGAAUGUUCUAAAGCACAUCUGAACAAAGAACUUUUAUACUGCCAUAUUCUCAUCAUGAUUGUGAACACUAAAAUGUGUUCUGAAGAUAAAAUAUUGAAGACUGAGCUUGGUGGCUCAUGGCUGUAUCCAGUUGGAAGUCAGUUGGGAUUAUGCACUUGUUUACUUAUCAUAAUACAUGCCUUCUCAUAAUUUAUUUUGUAUUUUUGGAAUACCUUUGUACAUUCCUUGAAUUGAGGGGCCUGCUCCAACAUCUGGCAUUCUACAAAAUAAGUCAUUUUUUACUAAUGUUUUCAUGGUCCUGAUUAUUGUUUCAGUUACUUAACAGGUAGCUGUUGUCCAGAUAGCCUUAUAAGUGUGCUGCUUGGCUAGUGAAAUAUUAAUUGGUCACGUAAAAUACUACUCAAGUAGUGUAAUGUUCUAUUGAAUUUGUUUUUGGGGACUAUGUAUUGCUUGUAGUCUUUAAAAAUAAAAUUGUAAUACAAAACUCA